AUGAUUGAGUUAUUCAAUUAUGAGAACUUACUAAAUAAUAAAUAUUUAGUAAGAAAAUUAGAAACAGAUCUUUAAAAACCAGAUCAUUUUUGUCAUAAUUCAUAGUAGUUUAAAGGGAGAAUUUUAUAAAGAAAUAAUAUGUGCAAAAUUAAUAGAAUGACAAAAAGCAAUAUCAUUUGAUCUCAAUAGCUGUAGAAUAAUGAUGUAAUAGAUAGAUGAAGAUACUUAAAAAGUACAAUAAUUAAUUAUAAAACUUUUAUCACAUGAAUUUAUUAAUAAUGCCUCAUUUCUGUAGUGAAAGAAAGAGAAUUUAAUUAAGAUGUAUAUUUUCAAAUAUUGGAAAAAUAAAGGAAUCUCUUAGAUUUGAAGAAUCGAAUAAAGAAUAAAUAAUUAAAGUUUGAGAAAGAAAUAUAUUAGGAAGAUAAAGCGAAUAAAAUGCAGAUGAAAAGUUUACUUAUUUGAU